ACCUCGCAGUUUUCGAAGGGAAACGUUUCACGGCUCAAGACAUUGGGUUGGUUGUGUUCAAAUCAAUUUCAUUCUUAUAUUUCGUUUCAUCAGAUCUACAUGUUCGUCACAUACCUCUAUACUGAUGUAUGGCCUGGCAGUGCAGAUAUGCUGCAGUCUUUACGCGAGUGUUUCGGUUGUAAUCAAGACUUGUUGACGAGUCUGCGAAAAGCCGAGGAAAUGGCUUUUGAGCAUGGAGAUCUUACCAUUGCUCUGGAACCCAAAGUUUAUCUUGAACUACUGGAGCUUUUUGCAGCACAUCCUCCUGAAUAUAGCUUCCGGUGCGACUCUUCAAUUUUGUCAUCGAGAAGCGCAGUAUUCCGUGGACUUCUUAAUCACGUUGGUGAGGAUGGUCGUAUUGUGCUUGAUGAGGCGCUACUUCCCCGUGGUUUUGCUCCAGUGGUUGUCCACUUUAUAUACACGGAUGAGUUGGACUUUUCGAUGGUUCCUGACACGAUUAUUUCGGAGUCAUCACUCUCUGAAGCGCGAGCCAUUGUUGCUGGUCGGAGUCCACACUCCCCACUUCAUAGGGCUAUACAACUGAUUCACAUCGCCAAAUUUUUCGCUCUGGAAAAGCUUGUUCAAUUAUGCGAAGAUGUAAUUGUGGCCUCCCUGUGUCCAGAAAGUUGCGUUUCCAUCUGUACGUGGGCCUGCGAUGGCGCAUUACUGUCGAACUAUUUCAGCUAUUUGGAAUCAGAGUUCUCCCAGAUCGCUUCAACUCAUUGUUUAUUCGAUAUUUCUCUCGAAAGUCUUGUUAGAUGCGUUAAAAGUCAAUUUCUACAGGCAACUGAAGUCGACGUUCUUGAAGCGGUCAUCCGAUGGGGAGAACAUGAGCUGUUACAUCGUAUGGAGGAGCGUGAACCGAAUGUAGUGGCUGAUACCUCACAUUCCAUUAGUAGACGUGGAGUGAAAAGGGGUGAUUUGAGUGGUGCCGAACUCCGGGAGAUUCUUGCUCCGAUCACAGCGCAUCUGCGAAUCGAUUAUGUUCUGCCACCAUUUCACCAGAGUCUUAAUGCGGCAUAUAGUCGGGGAAUUCUUGAUAGAGCUCCUCUGCGUGAUGAUCUCGUUUGCCCAUCAACUUCUGAGAUCAUCCCCGAUAUUCACUGGUUCAGACCGGAUCAAGACGCUCCUGGACCACGCUUUUAUGUACCUUACUACAAGCGUGAUGGAAUCGCCUGUAUACCGCAUCCACUACUUGUUGUGGACUGUGCGUUUCAUGUGGCCGUAACAAAUUUGAUGCCCGAUUUAAUAAGCGAGGAAAAAUUUAACGAGGUACUACUGUUUUUCUGCAUCGACAUUACUCUGUUUGAAAUGUCGCAUUUGAGGUCCAAUUGGAAAUCCUUACUGCUAUUGAAAGUGCCGAUUGUCAGCAUCAUAUUCGCUUCUUUCCACGUGCUUAUCAUCGACGUAUGGCGGUUCAGCUGGUAA